ACCUUUUUCUUCCACUUUAAUACUGUCAAAGGGAAAGUUGACGUGGUGCCUCAUGAGGACACUUGGGAUUUUGAUGAGCCUCCUCCUUUUGAUCUGGAUAUCACAAACGAGCUGGCCUUGCCAACUUUUUCCUCAAGCGACAUCAAAGUCUUAGGAAGAUUCUGGGGAAGGCAUUGCCAAGGUCCUGGCAGAAGGAAAGGGAAUGUUUUGCAAGUGCCCAGAUCCUUCCCUCUGGCAAGCACUCGAAAGCGAAUUCUCGUGUCUCCAAACGAUAGCACAAUCUCCGCCAUCCUCAUCCAUCAGAGCCCCGAAACCCACCGGUCUUGUCUCGCGCACCGAAACCGGAAAACUCGUUGGGAUCUUGGAAGAUAACAUUCCUCACGCUCCGGACAAAGCGUCCACUUUACAAGCGAUAGCAGAGGAGAUUUCGGCUAUCUUGGAACUGCGGAGAAAGAGGUAGUUUUGUUCAGAUCCGAGAAACUAUUGACCGGAUUCAUGCGAUCGGCAUUAUCUGGGGAGGUGGCUAGCCGCAUAAUGUUCUUGUCGACAGUGAUACAGAUGAUGCGUGGUUGGUCGGCUUUGGGCGCGGAUCCACUGAUGACUUGGUUGGUGAGAUCAUGGAGACGAUGGAGGUGAUGAACUGGCUAUAGCAAAGAUUGCUGACUUCCUG